AUGCCUCAGUUCGAUGAUGGAAUUAAUGUGUUGGAAGAAGAAAUCAACAAUAACGAAAACAAUAACCCCACGGGGAUAAUAGGAACAAUGAAUGGGUUAUGGAUGAACGUUAACACUAUGGAAUAUUUUCUACGCCCGGCCUUGUUUGGUACCUGA